CAGGGAUACUCGGCAUCCUGCAACAGAAAGGUGGAUGGGUAUAUAGUGAGGAGAGCAGACGGAGCAGUCAAAGUGUAUCAGCUGUACUUUACUUUAAAAAAACAAAACAAAAACCAGUUUAGGUAUCCAGGAUGCGUGCUCUGGUGGUCUUGCCUCUGCUGCUGUGUGCCGUCGUGUGUCUGGGCCGGGCAAGAGCUGAGGUCAAGGCGGUGAAAUUGUGCGGCCGAGAGUUCCUGAGAGCUGUCGUGUACACCUGUGGAGGAUCCCGCUGGAGGAGAGUCCUCGCUGAGUCAGACAUGGAUGAUGUGCCCACAGGAGAGGAGAAGAAUCUGGAAAGUUUGCCAAGCAUCAGAAACCACCCAGGCUCGGACUUGACCAGACGGGACAUGAACAAUAUCUUGACUACAGUGUGCUGCCAGGUUGGCUGCAAGAAGAGCGACCUCACCUUCCUCUGCUGAGCACGACCACGCCUGGCGCCAUCUUCAUCUUUUCUCCAAGUGACUUGCCUUAAUAGAAUCUAAAUAUAAAUCACAAAGCUUAAAGACAUGAUCAUCGUAUGAAUUACAAUUGUCAUUUCCAUUCUAAUAUAUAUAUAUAUAAUGAGUUAUGGAAGGGGUUUAAUUUUGUCUUAACUUGAAUGUAAUACUAAUUAUUGUUACAUUGAUGAACAUAUUUCUGAACCUCUAAAAUGGAAUAUUUGUGUAACAAUACCCAUAUUUUAAAUAUAUCAAAUUAGUGAUUUAACUGUCAGAAUGGUAAUGUGUUGUACGCCAUUUCAUAAGGAUAAGCAAUGUCUGUGUUGUUAAAUUAAAGGCACUCACUAAUAUGCAGGUUUGAAAACUUCAUGUUUUUUUAAUUUAAAUGACAGGAAUAUAAAAUGUUUGCUUUCAUUUCACAAUUUUGUCAAAUAAAUGUUCUUGCACAGGA